GGGAUAGCGGGGUCGAACAUGAUGAUGAUGGGUUGAUCUCAGGAACGCGUCCCGCCUAGAAAAAACCUGGAAAGCAUGGAAGCCAAAAAGGUCCUCCAUUUUGUGCCAUCUGAGGCUCCAUCCGCUGGGAGGUCCAAGAAUGGCUAUGUUUUCCAAGAGAUGGAGCUGAAGGAUGGGGAGCAGGAGGAUUCGCCCGCUGCAGACAAAGAAAACAUCUACGAAAGCGAUUUCCAGAUCAGUGUUUCAGAUCCUGACGGACCCGGAUUUGGACUUUUAAACACAACACGCAAAUAUGUGAAGCCCAUGAACUUCCAGGAGGAGGUGCGCGCUCACAGAGACGUGGACGGCUUCCUGGCCCAGGCCAGCAUCCUGCUGGACGAGAGAGCCGCCACUCUGGAUGAGGUUCUGAGGCGGAUGCUGGCUAGGAUGGCGGAGGACGGCCACGGGAGCUGCGACGUGGACGAGGUCAUGAACUCACUGUUCACAGACACACAAGGGAAAGACACCGAUGUUCAUCUUCUGUCAGAAACCAUUCAGGGAGUGACGGCUUCUUCCACUGGCAUUCACUACCAGCAGUCCUGGCUUUGCAUCCUCACCAGCGUGAGGACCCUGCAGAGACGCCACGUUUGCAUCGCCCGUCUGGAGAGGCCUCAGAACUGGGGGGUCAACUGCUGCGAGGCUCGCUACGUCAUCCUCAUCCUCGCUCCGCCCAGGACGAAAAGCACCAAGACGGCCAUCGAAGUGGGAAGAACAUUUGCUACGAUCUUCUCCGACAUCUCCUUCAGACAGAAGCUCCUGGAGACGAAGACCCAGGAGGAGUUCAUCCAGGAGCUGAUCCAGCAGCGACAACAUCUCUCAGCGGCCGGCGAGAAGACAGUGGAGGAAGAGGAGGAAGAUUCAGACCCGCGUAAAGGCAAACCGCCCAAGUGGAGUGAUUUCUUCAAAGUGGGUAAAGGUGUUUAUAAUGACCUUCGCCGCCGACUGCCUCUUUACCCUUCAGACUUCACUGACGGUAUAACGGGGAAGGACCGCUGUCUGCUGAAGUACACCACCACUGCAAUUUUUCUCUACAUUGCCAUUCUCUUGCCGGCGAUCGCCUUUGGCUCCCUGAAUGAUGAAAGCACAAGAGGAGAAAUAGACGUCCAGAAAACCAUCGUUGGUCAGAGCAUCGGAGGCGUGAUCUAUGCUUUGUUUGCAGGGUCACCGCUGGUCAUUCCUCUGACCACUGCGCCUCUGGCGCUCUUCAUUAGCGUUAUCAGAGGUAUCUGUGACGACUACGACCUUGACUUCGACGCAUUUUACGCCUGCAUCGGUUUGUGGAACAGUCUUUUCCUCAUCCUGGGAGGCUUAUUCAACGUCAGCCUGCUGAUGAAACUCUUCAAGCGUUCAACAGAGGAAGUCAUUGCAUUGUUCAUCUCCAUAGCGUUUGUGGUGGACGCUAUGAAAAGCAUCGUCAAAAUUUUUGAGAAAUACUACCACGGCCCCAUCCUGGCCACCACAAACAGCACGGUGGUGCUUCAGCAGAUUAAUGAGAUCCUGGAGAGGGAGAACAACCUGACUGGGAGCAAGCUGGAGCAUUACAAUGAGACCGCGUCGCUCUCACAGCAUCCCGAAGGGCACGGGUCCAUCAUCCUGCCGGAGACUCUGGUUUUAUGCUCCAGGGAAAUGCCCAUCCUGUGUCUGCUGCUCAUGCUGGGGACUCUGUGGCUGGGCUACACCCUCUAUCUCAUCAAGAGGAGCCCUUAUCUGAACAGCAAAAUCAGAGAGGUGGUGUCUGACUGCGCUUUGCCGAUCUCCGUGUUGAUAUUCUCCUUCAUUGGCUCCUACCUUUUCCUUGACAUAAAGCUUCCUGUGUUCAGCGUCCACGACGGUCCUGUCUUCAAGUAUCCUUCAUUCGAAAAGCUCUCAGGUUUGACCACGUUGGCCGCGGUCGGGCUGGGUUUCCUCCUUGCGCUGCUCAUCUUCAUCGACCAGAACAUCGUGAUCUCGCUCACUCAUGUUCCUGAGCACAAGUUGCUAAAAGGCACUGCGUUCCACUGGGACUUAAUGCUGACUGGCUUCAUCAACAUCCUCAUGUCCUGCCUGGGGUUGCCAUGGAUGCACGCCGCCUUCCCACAUUCCUCUCUGCACGCCCGUCAACUCGCCACAGUGGAGCAGCACGUAGAGAACGGACACCUCUACACGACAAUCGUCAGCGUGAGGGAAACGCGUCUGACGUCCCUGGCUGCCUACAUCCUGAUCGGCCUGUCCGUCUUCAUGCUGCCCAUCCCGCUGCAGUGGAUCCCCAAGCCCGUCCUCUACGGCCUCUUCCUCUACAUCGCUGCCACGUCGCUGGACGGGAACCAGAUGGUGGACCGCAUGGCCCUGCUGCUGAAGGAACAGACGUCGUAUCCUCCCACCCAUUACAUCCGCCGUGUGCCUCAGAGGAAGAUCCACUACUUCACGGCCCUGCAGAUGAUCCAGCUGAUCAUCCUGUGUGCGAUCGGCAUGUAUCCGCUGCCCUACAUGAAAAUGGUCUUCCCCCUGCUGAUGAUCCUGCUGGUCCCUGUCAGAAUCAACCUGCUCCCGAGACUGAUCGAAGCCAAAUACCUGGACACCAUGGACGCACAGCACAUGUAAAACUCCUGCGUUUGACGAAGAAAGGAUCCGUUUUCACUGGUUGGAAGGGAACACAAUGAAUGAAUCAAAUGCUUGUGAACUUAAAUAUCCAUGUAACCUCUUGCUGCAGACCGGAUGACCAUUUAGAGUUUCCGUCUACCUUCUCACUUCUUUUUGAAAAUUUAUUAUAAAUGUUGCUGUCCAUUAUGUGUAACAUUCCUGCAAUAUCGUUGUAUAUAACAACUUUUCAAUGAAGGUUUUCACAUUCACACGUGUAUAAUUUAAAGCAGAUACAGAGUAAUAUUUAAAUUUCUAUUGAGUUUAAGCGUCAUCUCGAGGAGAAACACAACGUGUA